AUGAGACAAUUCAUUGCAGGACUGGCCAUGCUGGCCCCGGCUUUUGCCGCUCCCGCUCCUCGGAUGCCUUCCAACUACGGCCAGAACCCCCCUCCUCAGGGCGGUGUCACUGCUCUGCCUCCCGUUCAGUCCCCUACCGGUCAGCUUCGCGGCAGCAUCAACCUUCAGGGAGGCAUUGCUUCCCGCCCGCCAGUCAAGGGUGGUGAUUCGGCCAAGGUUGCCAACCCCCAGAUGGUAACUGGCCAGGGUGCGGACGCCAAGCUCGGCCUCUUCCUCGACUUCAACAGCGUCGAGGUCCCCCAGCCCAUCAGAGGCUCGAGGGGCUCUACCGACCCCGGUCCUCGCACCUAUGAGUACGAGAGGCUCAACCCUGAUCUUUUCGCUCCCCCCACCAGCGACAAGGGCGAUGUUCCCAACUCCCAGUGGCCCAUGUCGCUGAGCCACAACAAGCUCGGCAACGGUAAGAACUCGGGAUGGGCUCGUCAGCAGAACACUGCCGUUCUCCCCGUCGCCACGGCCAUGGCCGGUGUCGACAUGCGCCUCGAGCCCGGUGCAUACCGUGAGCUUCACUGGCACACCUCGAGCGAGUGGGCCCUCGUCCUCAAGGGUGGUGUCCGUGUCGCCGCCAUGAACGAGGACGGUCAGAGCUUCAUCGACGACGUCACCGCCGGAGACGUGUGGUUCUUCCCGCCCGGAAUCCCCCACUCUCUCCAGGCCCUCGACGAGGGAUGUGAGUUCCUUCUCGUCUUUGACGAAGGUGACUUCUCCGAGGACGCCACCUUCCUCGCCACCGAGACCAUGAUGCGCAACCCCGAGUCGGUCGUCGCCAAGAACUUGGAGGUCGACAUCUCUGCCCUCAAGGACCUGCCCACCGAGGAGCUCUUCAUCUUCAACGGCACCCCGGCCCCCGAGGACAUCCAGAAGCAGAACAUCACCGGCUCGGCUGGCUCCAUCACCGCCCCCAACUCGUACACCUACCACUGGUCUCAACAGAAGCCCUACCAGACCCCCGGUGGCUCCGUCAAGAUCCUCGACCCGGCCACCUUCCCCAUCGCCGAGAUGUUCUCCGCCGCUCUCGUGACCGUCGAGCCCGGCGCGAUGCGUGAGCUGCACUGGCACACCACCUCGGACGAGUGGAACUUUUUCCUCCAGGGAUCGGCCCGCAUGACCGUCUUCUCCGCCCCCUCGUCGUCGCGCACCUUUGACUACACCGCCGGAGAUGUCGGUUACAUCCGCGUCGCCGAGUCGCACUACAUCGAGAACACGGGCACCGAGGACGUCGUCUUCCUCGAGGUCCUCCAGGCCAAGAAGUUCAGCGACAUCAGCUUGUCGCAGUGGCUCGCCCUCACCCCUCGCCAGGUUGUCAAGGACACCCUGAAACUGUCCGACGCCGUCCUCGACCGCCUGCCCAAGGACAAGACCCUGAUCAAGCCCGGCAACAAGAACAUGACUGCCAUUGCCAGCGAGGCCAGCAGCAACACGACCCAGAGCAAGCGAUAA